CCUCAUACCUAAAAUUCACUCACACGUCGCACUUCCGUUCUCUCUUUCACUACCCUUCACCUCAUUGCUUCACAUAAUACAAUAACUGCGAUUCAUUUCUACACUCAUUUCAAGGUUUCUCCGGCGUAGAUCGCCCACUCAACCGACGCUUGCUCUCCUGACGUCGCGUUACGUGACUCUGGCCUUUCGCGUCGCGUACAUUUCUAUCGCCCACGCCGCCCCCAAAUUCCACCGAUGACCUGACUCCGAUCUCCUACAUCAUAAGAGCGAUGGUUGGCGGGAGCCAGGGUUGAACGGAUCAGCGAGCACCAUGCCGCGCGCCUCGACGGCGGGCUUCUCGGACUUCUUCCCGUCAGCCCCCCGGGCCGCGAAGAACAGGGCCAAGGAGCGCGAGCGCGCAAAGUCGAAACCCCUCGAUUCGCCGCUGCUCGAUCCCGUGAAUGCAGACCGGGAUGCGCAUAUCCCCUCCAGGUCACGCGACGAGUCGGGGCGGGGCAGUAUCUCUGGCGCGGCUGGCGAGGGAGCCCGUGAUACGAAUAUACUCGCGCCGACUGAUGAGGGAGAGCUGCAGCAGGGAGAUUUGCUAAAUUGCGUUCGAUCUACGAGCUCGCACACAAGCACCGCUUCUUCUGUUUUCAGUACUACGGCGCAGAAUACUGGCGCCGCGGCAGCCUCAAAUCUAGUCAGUCUCACGCCAUUGACGAAUGACGACUCAUCGCCCAUUGGGCAAGUAGCGAGCCCGAGAGGUCACAAAGCGGGCCUCAAAACUCCAUCAUCUUUGGAGCACGUAGAAUCUUCCUCGUCGAAGCACGUGCUUCAAGACACACCACCACCAGCACAAGAUAUGGCGGAGCUGCAACGAGCACAAGUGCGAGAUCGAGAUAAGCCCAAGGGCCAGAAAUGCGUGUUCGAUCCGCAACUCGACAAGUCUGGCAUAAAACCAAAACCGAAGGUCAAAUAUAAGGAUAUUUCUUGGGAAGAUGACGCUCCCCCGGAGGAUCCGCGCCUUGUCGGCGGCGACCGCAAAAUCGACAUAGACUACACGAUGCACGCGAAAGCCCGCCUCAGACAUGAGCCCAUGCUUAUAAGACCUUAUCAAUUUGACCCGAAGAUAUCGGUGGGGCCGGGUCCUCCUACGCAAGUGGUGGUUACUGGGUUCGAUCCGCUCAUGCCUCUACAACUGGUUCUGAACGUCUUUGCGAGUUAUGGCCAGGUUCAGGAGAGCAGUAACAAGAUGCACCCGGAAACAGGAACGCCUCUCGGAAUUGCGACUUUCCGUUACGCAGAUUGCGACAAGUCCGGCAGGAAGAUGAGCGCUAUUAACGCGGCGAAACAAGCUGUGCGAAAGGGGAAUGGCGAGAAGGUUGGGGGGACAAACGUCAAGGUGGAAUUCGACCGAGAUGGUGUCAGCAGUAAACGCCUGGUUACAAAGGUCGUGGCGGAUCAGAAGAGGGCCCUUGAACCCGUGGCAUCGAAGCCUCACGCGGAAGUGAAAGUUGGUGAUGGGGAGAAAACUUUUGGUCCUCCACCGACGGCUCCAAAAGGCCCAGCGUCGUCUUUUGCGGCCAGACCGCCUCUGCGAGGGCCCGGCCAUGCACCAGCAUUUGUUCCUCGCCCGCCAAGGGAUUCUGAGCUCAUUGAGCUUACCCCCAUCAAACCCCAAAUCAAGACCCAGCCUUUCAUAUUUGUUGGGCACGACUCCGUCCCUGUACUCGGUUCCAGCGUUAAGCAUAUGAAGAACAAGCUCAAUACUUUUGAACUCGAAAACUUGCGCCUGGACAAGACCGGAUAUUUCAUCUUGUUCCCGGAUUCCGUCAAGGGUCGGUUAGAUGCACAAAGAUGCCUCAGACAGGCCAACGGAACGUCCUUGUUCACAUAUACGAUGGUUAUGGAGAUUUUCAUCUUCGGCACCGAUGGGAAGAACGAAGACUACAAGCCGCAUGCAGAGUGGGGGACAGGGCAAAUUGCACCCGCAGACCCCGAGCCUACGAGGUCAUCAUACAGGCGUCAUUCCAGCCCAAGCCGCAGGGUAGAGAGCCAUAGGGAAAGCGAUGACGCUGCGCAAAGGAAGAAAGAUGACGAAAUCGACCUUGACGAGGAGAAGAGGCAGCGGGCAAAGAACUUCGACCCAGCAAAGGAGGCCACGGAUGUGGUUGUUCGAGAACUGACGGAAAAGUUGAUCAAAGACUUGAAGAUCAGAGUUGCAGCCCCUGCGCUUUACUCCUACCUUGAUCCCGACAACCACGUUGCCAAGAGACGACGUUUGAACAUCGCAGAUCCAGCAGACUCCAAGCCACCGCCUGCUUUCUUAGAUGACUAUGACGAGGAUACUACACCUGUGGGCACUCCCAAUUCAAGGGCUGAAAUCGUCGAUAAACGCCUGCUCAAAGCGGGUAAGCUCGAUAUCACUGCUCUCCCUAGGAUUCGAAAGGCGCAGGGCCGCGUAUCCAAGAAGGCGGUUCUGGUGGCGGAAGCCAGAGCUAAGGAGAAGAAACGUGGCAAGCUGCGCAAGAGAGAGACGGUUAUCCAGCCUGGUCGGCACCCACACCGUCUGCAUGAUUUCCAUACCGACCGUGACGAUUGGGAUGACGAUAAUGAAGACCGAACCUCGGCCCGCGAUACGGAGGAGCCUGAAUCGAGACCGCGAAGCAGGGUCAGCUCGGACGAUGAGGAUGAACAGUCGGAAGAUGAUUCGUUCUUGCCCAGGUCCAAGCUGCGCGAGUCGCAUGAGGCGCUGGUGGACUUCGAUGAUUCUAUGACCGAAGCCAGCGUUGCCGCCUCAGAUUCUGCGCCAACGAAGAAGAGGAAACUAAUCCCGAAGGCCGAUACGGUCACUAAGCGCCAGAAGAAGUCAGGCGAUGCGAUCUUUGAGGUAUCCGCCCACAAGAUCGGCAGUGAAGAUCCAUAUGCGGAUGAUAUUGCCAUGACAGACGGUGACGAGACGCCACUCCUUGAUGAAAACAGCGAAACCCCUCUUCCCGACGCCGCAGCAGCUAUUCUCAAGAAGAAGGGUCUCAAGCCUAUCAAGAAGAGGAAGACCAAGAAGCAGCUCUUUGAGGAACGUGAGGCCCUGAAGAAGCAACAGGAGGAGAUGGAGGAGUUGGUGGAGGAGGAAGAUGAAGAAGAGGCCGUUGAUUCCGACGCUGAUGCCGAUUCGGACAUCGAUGUCAUCUACGAGGUUGAUCCUGUUGUGGACAUAGACCUUGAAUGGGGUACGCCCACAGAUGUUCCUUUGUCAACAGUCAACGACGACCCCAAAUUAGUCCUAGAUUUGGCUGGUCUCAAGCACCUUGCCCUGGACGACGAAGACGAAGAAGCUCUUCGCUCGGCACUAGGCGAUGGACCAAAGGUCGAGAUUGGGAGCGCUCCGACAUGGGCUUGGCAACAAAUGGAAUCACGGGCUGCCAAAGCGGGUGGCUAUAGGGGGGCAAUCACCAGCCCACUUUCCAUCAACGGUUACUACGUGCCUAACGAAACUGGAUCUGCGAGAACUGAGGGAACAACAAAGAUUCUCAACUCGGAGAAGUCAAAGUAUCUCCCACAUCGCAUCAAGGUUCAGAGAGAUCGUGAGGAACGCCAAGCACGAGCUAAGAGGGAUGGAAAGGAGGAUCCCUCAGAAGAUGCCCAAGCUACUCAAGCUUCUGCCGACAAGCUCGUCUCGAAGGAUUCCUCGCGCGCCAACCGCGUCAACAACCGCCGCUUCGUUGCUGACCUGAAUGACCAGAAGAAAACACUCGGUGGUGAAGCUGACGCCCUGCGCUUCAACCAGCUCAAGAAGCGUAAGAAGCCCGUCAAGUUUGCUCGUUCUGCUAUCCACAACUGGGGCCUGUAUGCUAUGGAGAAUAUUGCGAUGAAUGACAUGAUCAUCGAGUACGUAGGCGAGAAGCUGCGUCAGUCGGUCGCGGAUCUCCGUGAGCGUAUAUAUCUCAAGAGCGGCAUCGGGAGCAGUUACCUCUUCCGUAUCGAUGAGAACACCGUCGUGGAUGCGACAAAGCGCGGUGGGAUUGCGCGAUUCAUCAAUCACAGCUGCAUGCCGAACUGCACGGCGAAGAUUAUCAAGGUUGAGGGAACACGUCGCAUUGUCAUCUAUGCCCUCCGCGAUAUCAAGCUGAACGAGGAGCUCACCUACGAUUACAAGUUUGAGCGCGAGAUCGGCAGCGACGAUCGCAUCCCGUGCUUGUGUGGCACAGUCGCCUGCAAGGGCUUCCUCAACUAAAACACCCUUGUUCCCUUGUUUGGAUCUAUCAUGCAUGCAUUGCUCGGCGCCGGCGGGUAAAUCCAGGGAGAUGGGGCGCAUGGCGUUUGGUCUUCACUUUUGUCUCUGUCCGUGGUGUGGUUGUUGCGGGGUGGGGUGGUUGGUGAUUUUGACUACUACUACUACUAACCAGCCUUCACCCAAGGGUGAAGUAAUUUUGUGGUCAUUUUUUUUUGCGUGUGUGGUUAUAGGAAUAUGGGAAGGAGGGUGUAAAGUGCAUGAUGGUGGGGGGGCGUAUAUAUGUGUAUUGUACUAUUAAGACUGCAUUGCAGUGCAGCACUGGGGGACUACUACGGAGAUCUUUCAACAGGGUUUGGGCGUCCAGCGACCUCAACAUAGGACAUGAGGCGGAGUCAGGGCCUGAAGGUAGAAAGGAAGGC